AGCACAAGAAAAUACAAUUAAUUGUGUUUAUUUUUGUUAUUUGUGAAUUGUUCUAUAGUUCUGGUUAUUGCUGGCAGUGUAAAUCUACCACCAGAUUCUUUAGCUAAAUGAUGUUAAAUGAACUCCAUCUUCAGUUUUACUGUCUGCUGACUCGGUGAAAAGCUGCUGCUGGUGACAGUGUCAACUAAAUCCUGGAUUACUAAGGAACACCUUGAUACUGACGCAGGCGGCGUUACUCCCCUGACAGGCUCAUCGUGAGACACAUUCAGACACUUGACAUUGCUUUUUCACCUCGUCUUGUCUGCCUCUCCUUUGCCAGAAGAUUUGAUUGUCACUCCUUAUCCUUUUGCGUCUUUUUUCAACAUCUCAUCAUGCAUACCUUCUACUACGGCCUGCACCCGGUCUCCUGGUUCAUUCUCUUUGCAAACGUAGCCGUCACCAUCAUUGAAUGGCAGUUUAUCAUCUCUCAGUUCAUCAGACUACAGACACAAAAAGAAAAUGAGCCUCAGUCCUAGAGGAAAUCAUCUGCGUCCUGAUGCUGCACCAAGAAGACCUGAGAGGAUAAAAAUACGUUUUUGGAUCACUGCUUGCCUGCCCACUUGCAGAGAGAAACAAUGAUGAACCGUCUCCAUACAAUACACACCAGUUUGGAAGUCCUUUCAUCCAGAAGAGAAGAGCUACAGAGAAAUUUCAUGUUUUGACUUCAGUGCACUGAAGAAGCUGGGAUCUGCAGCAAGGCAAUAAAUCACCCAAAGAAACAGCCUCGGAGCUUCCACACAUUCUUUAAACAGACAAAGCAGCCAAACUAUGAGCCAACAACAGGUUGCGUCCCUGAACGCCUCAGGAGGAGCCCUGCUUUUGAACCUCACACAGCUGGUGUUUGAGCACCGACAGCUCCUCCAGUUCUCCAGAAGGAAGGAGGAGGAGGCCUAUUUUGUGGACUACAUUCCCCCGGCGAGAGAUGCUAUUCCUCUGCCACGCAGUGUAGUCUAUGUCCUAGUGGGGGUGAUGCUGGUCGUAGUGGCCACUUACGCCAUAGUGGGACACCUCAUUAAUGACCUGAUGCAUGACCUGGCAGACUGGAUGUUCGGGCCCAAACCAGUGGAGGAUGACUCAGAGGGAGGACGAGGAGAAAUAGAGGAAGAGCGGUGCCUCAGCAAUCCCACUAAGCAGCUGGACAAUGACAAGCUGAGGAUGGAGAAAGAAAAGGACGGACCGCUGCCGGGUUUCCACCAAGGCCGUCCGUUCACUCCUCCUCCUCUGAGAAGCGCCAUUGCUCCAUCAUGCCCUGGAGAUAAAAGAAUAUCUAUCCAUAGUGUAACCUUUGCCUGCCCCGCCGCCCCUUACGUCACUUCCCUUUGAGUUCUCAUCACUUUGUCACAGCAGCAGUUCAUAUCAGUUUUUAUCAUUUCGGUGCAGUGAUCAGUGUUUUCUUUGCUGUAAUAGAGCUUUGUUUUAUGUAAAAGCAGAUACUAUAGGUAUAGCUUGUACUGAUUUUACAAGAAAAUACUUUCUUUCAUCUCUUUUUAAAUGUAAACGUGGUCCAGAUUAAUUAUAUUCUACUGUCUUAAUAUUCGCUACCCAGUUUGUCAAGCUACAAAAUGUAAAUGAAAUAUGUAAAAAGAUGUUUAUGUGAGAACGCAAUGUUGACUUUGUGUAUAAGACCAGGCUGAACAUGUUGCAAAAUAUGAAGUAUGAACUGACUUUUUAAGCAUUUUCCACACUGACCAGUGAAACCGUCCCCAUUAUAUGACGUGCUGAUGUGUUCCUGAAGUAAACAUACAUCAGUUUUCCUGUUCUGGUGUUGGACUAAGCUUCUCUCAAGUAAACAACUGAAACAUACAA